UAGUGAGAGAAGCUAUGCAGCGGAAUUGCUGUACCAAAUGUACAGUGACAAUAUUAACUUGAUCUACCUGAAAUUCCUCCAACCAAUUGUUUCAGAGUUAAACAGACUCAAUAAAAUCUUUCAACUUGACAAACCCGAUCCUGCAAAACUUCUAAUGGAACUUCUAACAUUUUACCGGUCCCUUCUUGAGCGCAUAGGUUUGCCGAAGACAUUUCAGAGCUGGCAAGACAUCAUGGAGUUUAACUUUUCUGAUGAGAAUCUUUUGCCACUUGAUGCUGUAGACUUUGGGGUGCAGUUCCGUCUUGCUUUGUUUGAAGCCAAUGGAAUAAGUGACCAAGCUGAAAAGGACCUGAAAUGCAGGUGCAGGGACUACAUGCUGGAGUUAUCAAAGGAGAUUAGGAAGAGACUUCCAGAUAACAUUAAACAGUUAGAGGCUCUCAAAUUCCUGUCACCGAUUCAUGUUCUGUCCUCAAGUAAGCCAAGGAUUGAUGAGCUUCCUUUUUUCCACCUCUUCAAAGGGGAUAUAGGAAAAGCAGAGCAACAGUGGAGAGUAAUUCACACACUGGAAUGGAAAAAUACAGAAGAUGGCAAAACAGAGGACUUCUGGGUUGAAGUUUCUGCAUACACAGAUACUGCAGGUGAUAGAAACUUUGGAGAUCUUGGCAACUUUGCAUUGAGUCUUCUUGCUUUGCCAUUCAGUAAUGCAGCAGUUGAGCGUUCAUUUUCCCAAAUGUCACUGAUAAAGAACAAGCUACGAAACAGGCUAGAGCAGAAGUCUUUGCUAAAUAUAAUGAGGAUUCGAGCUUACAUGCAAAGAAGAAACAUCUGCUGCCAUGAAUUUAAACCAUCACCACGGAUGCUUUCUCUCUUUACUGCUGAAAUCUAUUCAGCACCACCUGAGAAGGGUGGGGAAGAGAGCACAAAUGUCUAAAACAAAACAUCCCUGAGAUUGUAGAUAGUUCUGUUCAAAGUUCUCAAAAAGUUCAAAGUUCUCAAAAUGAGGUUGAACAGUUAGGACAUCUAAGAAGAAAAUGUUCUGAAUAGUUCUGGAAAAGAGAAGACAAACAAGAACAAAAGUUCACCAAAACAGCAGCAGAUCUGGAGAGAAGAGCAUCAGAGACAAGUGCAGAGAAGAGAAAAAAGUAAGUACACAUUAGUACUUUCUAACUAGGGUCAGAAAAUAUCAGCGAGGACAUGCUCUUGUUUGUCCUUUAAAAGAUUGUCUAAAAAAUACAGUGUUUUAUAAAA